UAUCUAUCAGCGCGAGCCCCAGCAGAGCUCAGUAAAAGACAGAGGGAGAGACAGGCAGCGGCAGGGGAGGCACCGCGACCCUCUCCUGGGGGGUCAGAUUAUAACAAAAAAUUAUACACACAUAUAUGUCUAGAGUUAGUCACGCCCAGGCCGCAGACUACGUCCUAUGACUAUUUUAGCGUUUUAAUAUAUAUAUAUCUAAAAAAUGCCUAUUUUACUUUUCCUCAUAGACACGUCCGCUUCUAUGAACCAGCGGACUUAUUUGGGUACGACGUAUCUGGACAUUGCUAAAGGCGCGGUUGAGAUCUUUAUGAAGCUGCGUGCUCGAGAUCCUGCUAGUAGAGGCGACAGGUACAUGCUAGUUACAUUUGAUGACCCACCAUACGGAGUUAAGGCGGGCUGGAAGGAAAAUCAUGCUACUUUUAUGAAUGAACUGAUAGACUUGCAGGCUUCUGGGUUGACAAGUUUGGGUCAAGCUCUCCGCUCCUCCUUCGACCUCCUCAAUCUCAACAGGCUUGUCUCUGGCAUUGACAACUAUGGGCAGGGAAGAAACCCCUUUUUUCUUGAACCUGCUGUGAUUAUUACGAUUACAGAUGGUAGCAAGCUAACACACAAUGCAGGAGUACAAGAAGAGCUGCACUUGCCCUUAAACUCUCCUCUGCCUGGCAGUGAAUUGACAAAGGAACCCUUCCGCUGGGAUCAGAGACUGUUUGCACUGGUGCUACGUUUGCCGGGUGCAUCCUCUCCAGAGCCUGAACAGCUGGGUAGUGUUCCCACAGACGAAUCUGCUAUAACCCAGAUGUGCGAGGUCACGGGUGGACGCUCCUACUGUGUCAGAACACAGCGUAUGCUAAAUCAGUGUUUGGAGUCCCUGGUGCAGAAGGUGCAAAGUGGUGUUGUGAUCAAUUUUGAAAAGACAGGACCUGAUCCACCACCUGUUGGAGAAGAUGGUCUUGUUGAUCCAUCUAGGCUGGUCUCUUCAUUUGCUUCACAGGCAUGGCAUAGUUGCCACAAACUGAUUUAUGUUCGGCCAAAUCCAAAGACUGGAGUCCCAGUAGGUCACUGGCCCAUUCCAGAAUCAUUCUGGCCAGACCAAAACUCGCCCACUUUGCCUCCAAGGACAGCUCAUCCGAUUGUUCGUUUUUCCUGCGUGGACUGUGAGCCUAUGGUAAUUGACAAGCUACCUUUUGACAAGUAUGAGUUGGAGCCUUCACCAUUGACCCAAUAUAUUCUGGAGCGGAAAUCGCCUCAUGUGUGCUGGCAGGUGUUUGUAAGCAACAGUGGGAAGUACAGUGACCUGGGACAGCCUUUUGGGUAUCUCAAAGCAAGCACUACCUUGACAUGUGUCAAUCUUUUUGUCAUGCCUUACAACUAUCCUGUCUUAUUACCAUUAUUAGAUGAUUUGUUCAAAGUUCAUAAACUAAAACCAAAUUUGAAAUGGCGUCAGGCUUUUGAAGCGUACUUGAAGACAAUGCCUCCAUACUUCUUAUUGCCAUUAAAGAAAGCAUUAAGAAUGAUGGGUGCACCAAACCUGAUCUCUGACAAUAUGGAUUGUGGCCUCAGCUACAGUGUUAUCUCUUACCUCAAGAAACUUAGCCAGCAGGCCAAGAUUGAAUCUGACCGGCUUAUAGUGUCUGUGGGCAAAAAGCCUCCCCAGGAAACCGGAAUUAAAGUGAAGAACCAUUCCAAUACACUUUCAUUGGCACAUCGUAAAGACUUCAAGCAACUUCUUCAAAGCAUUGCGGGAGAAGCGCCACUUCGGCUCAAUGACAUCAAUUUCAAAGAGUUUGCUGGCUUCCAGAUAGCACUUUUAAACAAGGAACUGAAGCCACAAGCAUACAGGAAUGCCUUUGAUAUUCCUCGUAGGAAUCUUCUGGAUCAGCUAACAAGGAUGAAGUCCAACUUGUUAAGAACAACUCAGAAGCUCAUUCGUGGUCAGGAUGAAGACUACCUACAUAGCAUUCCUGUGGCUCAAAUGGGCAACUACCAGGAAUACUUAAAAUUAAUGCCAUCACCGCUUCGAGAAAUUGAUCCUGACCAACCUAAAAGGUUACAUACCUUUGGGAAUCCCUUCAAACAGGACAAAAAGGGUAUGAUGGUUGAUGAAGCAGAUGAAUUUGUAGCAGGGCCUCAGAAUAAACUCAAACGAGGAGCCGGAGACCCAAAUUCAGCAAGUGCGCUAAAGAGACGGAGGAGCAUGUCACCCUUGCUACGACGACCCCAAACUCCACCAAUUAUCACCAACCAUGUUGUGGGCAAGGGUCCCCCUUCUGCACCUGGUAGCCAAAGUCAUCAGAAUCUAAUUAAACCAAUACCGCUUCAUAAAGGUGUUGAGGGCAAUGGUGUAAGCCCGGUGGAGAGCAAUGGAGAGAGAAAACCAGAAGGUUGGCUAGGGCUGGACAGACAAGUGGAUGGUUUGUCUUUAGCUUCUGAGGACCGAACCAGUAGUUUGGGGGUUGAUGGGGACAGUCUGUUAGAGGACACAAGCCAGCCUAGUGAAGAUGGACUGGAUGAGAGACCUGACUCCAGUCCUUUAGACAAAGGAGUCUUACAAACAGAUACAUGUGAGGAGGGGCCUCUCAUAGACCAAGAGGCGGUGGCGGCGGCAGCAGUAGAAAGCAGCGAGGGUAUGACGUUUCCCACUAUGCUUAGGACAAGCAACAUGCUGUCUCUGGAUGGGACCAAUGCUGAGCUUAGGACACGGGUUAUGAAGGAAGUUCGAAAGCCUGGCAGAAAUUAUGAAACAAUAUUUAAGCUCCUUGAAGAGGUGAAAGGACCGAUGGAAGUGCAGAAGUACUUCAUCCACCACACAAUUAAGGAAGCUGCCAGAUUCAAAAAACGGGUUCUGAUCCAACAGCUGGAGUCUGCACUGGAAGAAAUGGAGAAGAAAUAUCUGACAAACAGGGUGAACAAUAUCCAUGGCAGGUGAUUGAUAGCCCACCGCUUGUUGUGAGAUGGGACCGAGAAGUCCAGCUCUUCAGAUGAACUGUGAGAGCAUGGCAAAGAAGGGUGAUGAGGAGUGAAGAGGGAAUGUUGCAUCCAUGCUUUUCCUCUCCACACUUUUGCCAACAUCCUGCCCAGCACAUGCCAAUCCCUUCAGUGCUCAGGAUACCUUAUGUGGAGAGGAGGUGGCUAGCCAGAGUUUUCAAGGAAACACAGACAGAAAUGUGUUCUUCCUUGGUUAAAGUGCAGGAUUUUUAAAGUCCUACGCAUUUUUGUGCAUCAGCCCUCAAGCUGCUUGCCAGCAUGGAGGAGGAGCUGUAUGUAUCAGGUGGACCAAGGUAUGAAAUAAGAGUACGUGCUUAAGGUUAAAGUCUGGUGGAUGAGUGUAGAGCAAGGGUUCCCAAAGUGGUCGAUAUUGACCCCCUGGGGUCGAUUUGAACUUUCUAGGGGUCGAUAGUUUCAAUGAAAAAAUUUGGGGGUCAACGACAGCAAAAAUAGACCCCCUUACUACUGCUAUUUGUUACUUCAAAAUAUCUAUGAUUCCAAUAGGUACCUAAUUAAGAAGUAAAAUCAUUUAAAAAAAACACAUUACAUACCAAAUUUGCGAACGAAAAGGUAAAAUGUGUCAUUAAAAGAGUCACACGUAAGAAUGCAUGAAAAUACAUGUAGCACAAACAUGUCUGUUCAUUGUCUUAUCGAACAUAUCAAAGCAAGUGCGGAUAUGAAAAACCAUUGCAUGUAAUUAGGGGGUCGACGGUUUUAAAAGUUUUUGGUAAAGGGGUCUGCGGCUGAAAAAAGUUUGGGAACCCUUGGUGUAGAGUGUACUUAGCUAGCACAGCCACUUGUUUUCACAUGUGGAAGUUGUGUACACUUGUACAUGAUUCAGGUAGAACUGUUUUAGAUCCAUUGUUGAGUUUUUUCUUUGCACUUCGGCAGGACUUGCUAACCUCUGCUAGCAGUCAGUGUUCACAAGUAAGACAAUGUGGGCUUUGUAGACUCUACAUAGCAAGAGGGUAAAAGUGUUAAACUAGACCACAAUCCAGUGGUUGGUAUGCUGGCAGAUGCUUUAGAUGCCCCCGAUAUUGGAUUCUCAUCUACCUCAAUCUUAACUUGAAAGACAAUUAAAAUAAGACAUUUAAAGAGACUCAAAUAAUCGCUGUUUCUUAAAGCAUGUAUCCAGGCAGAGUGAGAAAUGUCCUUCAAAUAAAUAUUACUGUUUUUGUUAGGUUGA